AUGCAGGCGCGUGCCUCGAUGAGCGAUAUGCAGCGCCGAGCCAGUCAGUUGUAUAACGCGCUGCUCGAGAAACGGUGCAAAUUGGCCGAGAAGCUCAACGAUGGCGUGCAUAACGUGGCAUUGCUACAAAAUCAACUGAUAAGCGAUCGGCUGUAUGCUUGGAAGAAUCGACAGAAGCUGCAGCAAGUUGGCGUGCCUUUCGAUGAGCGUGACCGAUUGAUCGAUGAAAUCCAGACCGAUAUACCUGAAUGUAACGUUUUCAAGGUUCGAGAUGUUGGCGGAGCAGAAUUGGCAGUUAAGAACGUAUGCCUGCUGGCAGAUGGAUUUGCUUCGCCGAGGUUGCAUCCUUUUUUCUUUAAAGAUUUCAAUUGGGGAUCACUUUUCGGGUUGUCACGCUUACGACCACAGCUCAAUGGCCAUGUUGCGCAGACACAUAUCGCAAAUUUGGGAACAGUUUUGGAUAAUUUGACGAAAUUGUUGUGCAUGCUCGUCUCGCAGAGUUUUGUUGUGGCCGUUCAGCCUGAGCCUGUUCUUAAGACGCAGCACAAAUUCAAUGCCGAAGUGAGGCUUCUCAUCGGUGACAGGCUGGGCAUCAAACAGCAUCUUGUCAACACAAAUGUUACUAUCCGAAUUAUUGCUGAAGAUGAGGCGCGUUUGCUCAGUACCGCACAGCUCGCCGAGAAGGAUGUCAAAGCAGUUGGAUCAAUCAGCAAUGAUUUUGAAAAAAUAACGACUGAUGAUAAGGGGCAUAUGUCCGCGAAAUUCAGCAAUUCAAAGCUGACACGUAUUGCGCACAGGAAGCCGCCGCCAAAAGGAGGACAAGCGACCGACUGCAAACUGUUAGUGAAUGCACAAACGGCCACCGAUCAGAAGUAUGCGUUGCUUUUUCAUAUCACUCCGUUCCAAGUUGGCAGUUUGGGGAAAUUUGACGUUUGGACUCUGUCAUUACCAAUUAUGGUCACAGUACACGGAAGUCAAGACUGUGAUGCUCAAGGAGCGAUUCUAUGGCAGAGAGCUUUUUCUGACGUGAAUCGCUCGACAGUGGCGCCGGAGAUUGGUGCUGUUUCGUGGAACGAUCUGGCACAGCAGAAUUUACGGGACGAUGUCAAUUUUUCAUUUUGGGAAUGGUUCUUUGCAAUCAUGCAACUCAUCAAGCACAAACUUCUCAAAUUCUGGGAUGAAGGCUGGUUGAUUGGCUUCAUAAGUAAACAAAAAGCUUCAUCACAAAUGGUGAGCGCUCCACAUUCGACCUUCUUACUUCGCUUCAGUGAUACUCAGACCGGUGCAGUUAGUAUUGGCUUUGUGUGCGACGAUGAAGAAGGCAAAGGUCAGUUUGUUUUUUUUUUUUUUCAAAGAAUCUGCAAUCUAUCGAUGUCAGUCUCUUGUCACCGAUAA